GGAGUCUUCCCGAUUGAGAAGCCGCCUCAGCAGUAUUGUUUCCUUUAGCUGUCAGUGACACAACAGCUACAAUCAUCUGCAUCCUUGAGUCGUGUGUAUAUUUUUAGCGUUUAAGCUUAAACGAUGGAGGAGUAUCAUUCUGGAGACGAAGUGUCUUUUAGUCCAGAUGAUGCAAGUAACGUAGUUAAAGAGUGUAUUGAAGGGAUCAUCGGAGGUGUGGACUACAGCCAGAAUAAAGUAAACCAGUGGACAGCCAGCAUAGUUGAACACUCACUCACUCAAUUAGUUAAACAAGGAAAACCAUUCAAGUAUAUUGUCAACUGUGCUGUGAUGCAGAAAAGUGGCGCAGGUCUUCACACAGCCAACUCUUGUUACUGGGACACUACCACUGAUGGAAGCUGUACGGUCAGGUGGGAGAACCGUACUAUGUACUGUGUUGUCAGUGUGUUUGCUGUGGCUACCCUAUGAGCCCAAGACUGGGACGUGCAUACACAGUCACAGGCGGGCCAAAUCACCAAAAGAUCACAUCCUGUAGUUUGUUUUGAAACCAUCUGCUGCAAGAGACUCAAACCAAUUCUGUUCUGUUUUUGCUUUAUUUAAUGCAAAGUUGAAAUUGUAUUACACGCGCUUGUCUACCAUGUAAACAUUUUACUUGUAGUUGCUUUUUUUGACUUGCAAUGGUCACUUUUGCUCUGUAUAGAAUUAAUUGCAAAUAUGUUGAUGGUUAAUUAUUAAAGUGUCUAAAUUGGAUUUAAUAAA